UGAAAGUCGAAACGACAGAGUCAAGCUGCAGAGUGUAAAGAGGCAUUGGAAAAGAACAUCACGUCACUCUAAUCGGGAAGGAGAACAUUCUACAACUACGAGGAAAGCAAGUGCGAAAAGAGCAACAUGGGGAGAAAAUAAAGAAACGCGUUUGUCCGUUACUGUGAGUAUAGAACAGAAAAUGCAGCAAAUUUGAAAGAAGAUCGCAUCAGGACUCACACCGGUAAGAGACCAUUGUGACUAUUCUGCAUCACAAAAGAGUCGCCUGAAGAUACUCAUCACUUCUACAUACACCGGUGAGAGACCAUCAUGCGUGACGCCAAAUUUGAAACGGCACAUCAUCGCAAAAAAACCUAGAGAGCAGUCAUACCAGUUUUAAAGAACGCUUGCAGAUAGGUGUGGCAGGUUGUUCGGCGUAAUAUAACCAGCUGCUGCCGCGCCGCGUGCCUGCGGAGCUGGUGUGUUACGCCGGCGGUUAUACGGGCUAUAUAGAUACAGAUACAAGUGUGAGGUUACGUUACUACACGAAUGUUUGAUUUAAAGGAGCACAUUGAGAAACGCUGAUGAGAAACCGUACAAUUGUAACCUGUGUGGUUAUAGUACGGUAAGAAUGUCCAAUUUGAAACGGCACGUGGCAAAACAUACUACCGACAAACCAUACAAAUGUGACAUUUUCGAGUACGGUGCAACACAACUGACAACUUUGAAAAGGCACGUUUUGGACAAACACACUGCACAGAAGUCCUACAAAUGUGAAGUUUGUGCGUAUGUUACUUCGCGAAUGUUUGCUUUAAAAAGGCAUAGCGCUAUACACACCGGUGAGAAACCUUACAAAUGCGAUAUUUGUGGGUUCAGUUCAGCACACAUGGCAAAUUUGAAUCACCACAUUAGGGCCAAACACUCUAACGAUAAACCUUACAAAUGUGAUGUCUGUGGGUACGGUGCAACACAACGGUCAAAUUUGAAAAGGCACAUUAUGGACAAACACAGAGAGAAGUCCUAUAGAUGUGAACAUUGUGGCUAUGCUACUUCACGAAAGCUUGAUUUAAAAAGGCAUAUUACCACACACACCGGUGAGAAACCUUACAAAUGUGAUAUUUGUGGGUUCAGUUCAGCAUACAUGGCAAAUUUGAAACAGCACAUCAUUGCCAAACACACUAACGAUAAGCCUUACAAAUGUGUUGUCUGUGGGUACGGUGCAACAAAACGGUCAACAUUGAAAAUGCACAUUAUGGACAAACACAGAGAGAAGUCCUACAAAUGUGAACAUUGUGAUUAUGCUACUUCAAGAAUGCUUGAUUUAAAAAGGCAUAUUGCCAAACACACCGGUGAGAAAACUUACAAAUGUGAUAUUUGUGGGCACGGUGCAGUACGAAUGUCAAAUUUGAGACAACACAUCAUUACCAAACACACUGGUGAGAGACCUUACAAAUGUGACAUCUGUGAGCACGGUGCAGUAGGAAUGUCAAAUUUGAAACAACACAUCAUCGCCAAACACACCGGUGAGAGACCUUACAAAUGUGAUAUUUGUGGAUAUUGUACAGCGCGAGCGUCACAUUUGAAACGUCACAUGGCUAAACACACCGGUGAGAGACCUUACAAAUGUGACAGUUGUGGGUACUUUGCAGCUCGAAUGUCAGAUUUGAAACAGCACAUCAUUGCCAAACACACCGGUGAGAGACCAUACAAAUGUGACAUCUGUGGGCACGGUGCAGUACGAAUGUCAACUUUGAAGCGGCACAUGGCUAAACACACCGGUGAGAGACCUUACAAAUGUGACAGUUGUGGGUACGGUGCAGCUCGAAUGUCAACUUUGAAACAGCACAUCAUUGCGAAACACACCGGUGAGAGACCUUACAAUUGUAAUAUUUGUGGGUACCGUGCAGCGCGAAUGUCAACUUUGAAACGGCAUAUGGCUAAACACACCGGUGAGAGACCUUACAAAUGUGACAGUUGUGGGUACGGUGCAGCUCGAAUGUCAACUUUGAAACAGCACAUCAUUGCGAAACACACCGGUGAGAGACCUUACAAAUGUGAUAUCUGUGGGUACUGUGCAGCACAUAUAUCAAAUUUAAAACGCCACAUGGCUAAACACACCAGCGAGAAAAGUUAG